CCCUCCAGAAACCAGGAAGGGAAUUGAGUUGAUCUGCUGCUGCUUGGUUAGCGCAUACGGGGCUUUAAGCUGCACAACAGUGAGAGGGAGAGAGAGAGCUCCGGAGAGGAGGAGAGGAGAGGGCUGAGCUAACCCACAACAAGCACCACCACGGCCAUCGCAGAUAGGCAGACGCACAGACGGCAGGACGGAUACACGGGUGGGGGCUGUGCUAGGUGGCUCGGCGGCAGGCUGGUGGAAGAUGUCGUCAGGAGCCGGUGGGAGGGGCGGAAGGCGGCUCAGGGGGACAGCGAGCAGCGGGGGCGGCGGAGGGAGAGGGGGCGCGGGGGAGGCGGAGGAAGGUCCUGUGGGGAUCCCUUUCCCCGAACACAGCGCAGACAUCCUGGGGAGCCUGAACAAGCAGCGGCUCAGUGGGCUGCUGUGCGAUGUGCUCCUGGUUACCCAGGACCGGGAAUUCCCAGCCCACCGCUCCGUCCUGGCCUCCUGCAGCUCUUACUUCCACAAGCUCUUCACAUCGGGGGCCGCCGCUGACCAACAAAACGUCUACACCAUCGACUUUGUGGCAGCGGAGGCUCUGGCGGCGUUGCUGGACUUUGCCUACACAGCCACAUUGACAGUCAGUCACAGCAGUGUGGCCGACAUCCUUGCUGCUGCACACCUCCUGGAAAUCCCACCGGUCCAGGACGUCUGUACACACCUGCUGGACACCAAAGUGCUCUCCCCGCCGGCGGGCAGUGAGCAAAGAGAUGAAGAUGGAGAUGAUGAGGGCAAAGUCAGAGGAGGCAGGGAGCAGGGGAACCGGAUGCGGGCCCGGGAGUAUCUGGAGUACUUCCAGAGAGGGGCGCACUGGAGCAGCAGCUGCAGCACGCCAGAGCUCAGGGACCUUCCCACUCACCUGCACGUUAACCAUGGUAAUGGGGGCGCACCCAGCAACGGGGCUUCUGCAGGCCCCGGUGAGUACUACUCCCCCCUGGCCCUUGCCUUGUCCCAGGUGCCUACACAGGAACCGGAGGAAGAGGACGACGAUGAAGAGGACGAUGAGGAUGGGGAGGUGGUGCAGGGCAACGGAGCGAGCCUGGGGUCGUCAUACUACCCUCCAUCCCAAAAUGGGCACUUCUACCUCCCCUCUGAGUCUAGGCUUGGGCAGGAGACAGAAAUGGAAGACAGUGGAAGGGAGGUGAUGGUGAGGGAGAGGGGUUCGGCCAGUGCCCUCCUGCAGAAGAUGAUGGACUCCAUUGAAAGGCAGAAGGAGCGUGCAGCAACCGGGGAGGAACCAGGUGACGGGGACGACCCCGACAUGGAAUUUUACUUGAAUUAUUUUAGCAGCACGCAGCAUGAGGAUACAGCUUCGGCUGCUGUAACACAGGGAGUGCCGUCGCUGUGGUUAUCACGAGGCAGUACAGGCCAAGACAGAGUAGGAGGAGAGAGGGGGGUUGGAGAGAGAGGCAGUGGGGGUGGAGGAGGUGGAGGAGAGAGGAAGAUGCGCUCUAAGGCUUUCCAGAAGUGCCCCAUAUGCUCCAAGGUCAUUCAAGGAGCAGGAAAGCUACCCCGCCACAUCAGAACGCACACGGGAGAGAAACCCUACGAAUGCGCCAUCUGCAAAGUGCGCUUUACCAGGCAGGACAAGCUCAAGGUUCAUAUGCGGAAGCAUACAGGAGAGAAGCCUUACCUGUGUACACAGUGUGGAGCUGCCUUUGCUCACAACUACGACCUGAAGAACCACAUGCGUGUACACACUGGCCUGCGCCCCUAUCAGUGCUCAAGCUGCUUUAAGACUUUUGUUCGCUCGGAUCACCUGCACCGCCACCUCAAGAAGGACGGCUGCAAUGGCAUACCCUCUCGCCGGGGCCGAAAACCUCGGGUGAGGGAGCCAGGGCUCCUCGAGCCCCCUCUGGACCUGCUGAGCCUCAGCUCCGACACAGGCCCCGAACCUCGUACCAACAGGGGACGACGGCGCUCUGAGGCGUCCUCAGCAGCGGAGGUGGAGGGUGCUGCUGGAGCACUUGCACACAGUCCUCAGCUGCAAGAGCUAGUAGGGGAGGCAGGGCCGUGAGACUGCAGGGGCGACAAGGACACUGCUGGACACCAUAUUCACUCUGCACCGCCUGUGAGACAGGCCAGUGAACAGAGAGGAGAGAAAACAUGCAAUUGAAAAAAAAAAAACAAACAACAACAACAAAACAACUAACUAUUCCUCUAUAAACCAAAUCAGGGUGUCACAAAAAUCUAAUCUUUAUAUUUCUUUCUCCUAUUACUUUAGGAAACAGAGUAGACUCGCAAGCACUUGAGUUGGUUUAUUUGUUAAAGAGCAAAGAACGCUUCAAAUCAUUCACCCAUGAUGUCCACUUUCUGGGCCAUUUCUUUCUUUGUAAUAUUAGGGGUUUUAUACAUUGGCAUAUGUGCUUAGGCAAAUGUAUGAUAGAUACAAAGAAACUCUGAGCAACUAUGCAGUUGAUUUAGAUUUUUAUUGGUUUUGUCCUCACAGCCUUCAAGCUCUAAGAAAGGUGUCUGUCAAGCACCUUCUGGCUGCUGUACGGGUGAAGCGAGGACAAAUCCUCCCAGUGAAAACGACUCUUUUUCUAUUCUUUUGCAGGUCUGAAAUGUACAGUUACCAUAGAAACAACAUUGCCACAAUAUGGCAUAUGCAAGGAAAACUCACAGUUUUGAUGCAACAGUUUUUCUCUCUAAAUGUUCCAGAAAGAAUCAGGCAAGGGUUUGAUUGAAGUGUUACUUACUCUAUAAAAUGCGUUUUAAGAAUCUAUGGCUUGUCUUAUUCAAAUUUACGUUGAGUCGAAUCCACUCAAAUGGGGACUCGUCAAUUGCAGGUCUUGGGAACACAAGGGGGUGGAGGGUUUGUGUUUUUAAAGCACUACCAUUGUCAAUGUAUCUGUUGGCUUUACUACGUUGCCUCUUAUCCCUCACAGCCCUGCAAUGUCAGCAUUUUCGUUCUCCCUUUUGAUUUUGUCUUAAUUUUUUUUUUUUUGUCGUUCCUUUUUGUUGACUGCUUCGGGUACUUGACACUUUAUAAUUGUAUACAUGUAUAUACAGCAGGUGGUGAUAUGACAUUGGCCCCCUCUUAAUGAUGAGGUGUACUUACCAAUCACUUUUUUUCCUCUUAGGCUUGAUGUCAUAUUUCUCACAGAGUGAAGCUUGUGGGUGAGCAGAAAAAAAAAAAUACAACUGUAUGAAUGUUCGAUGGGAAAAAAAUAAUUAAGUCACCCUAUUGACCUAAACUUAACACUUGACAUGUAUAAUUCCUGCCCAAAGGAUGAGGAGGUGGAAUGAAUGAAUGUGCUUAACUUUG